AUGGCGUCAAGUUGUUCUACUACUACUGCUACAACUUUAUCCUUUUCUUCUUCUUUUUCUUUCUCCUCCUCUUACUACUACUUCUACGUCUUUCUCCUUCCCUUCUUCUUCUUUUCUUUCUCGUUUUCUUCUUCUUCUUCGCCUUCUUCUUCCACUACUAUUACUACCUCUACUACUUCUUGUGCUACGUCUUUCUGCUUUUCUUCUUCUACUUCUUUCUCCUUUUUUCUUCUUCUUUUUCUUCUUCGUCUUCUUUUUCUUCCUCCUCCUCCUACUUCUUCUUCUAUGUCUUUCUCCUUUUCUUCUUCUUCUCCCUCUUCUUCUACUACUACUGCUACUACUACUUUUUGUUCUACGUCUUUCUGCCUUUCUUCUUCUUCUUCUUUUUCCUCUUCUUGUACUACAUUCUCAUUUCUUUUCCUUCCUCUACUACUACUACUUUAUCCUUUUCUUCUUCUUCUUCCUCCUCCUCUUACUACUACUACUUCUACGUCUUUCUCUUUCCCUUCUUCUUCUUCUCUUUCUGCUUUUCUUCUUCUACUACUUCUUUUUCCUUUUCUUGUUCUUCUUUUUCUUUUUUCUUCUUUUACAUCUUUCUCCUUCUGUUGUUGCUGUUAUUCUUCUUCUUCUUUUUCUUCUUCUUCUUUUUCUACUACUACUACUACUUUCUCCUUUCUUCUUCUUUUUCGUCUUCUUCUACUUCUUUCUUCUUCUUCUUCUUCUUCUUCUUUUUCUCCCUUUCUCUCUUUCCUCAAUCCUCUUUAUUAUUGUCUCUCUUUCCCUUGA